UACUCCUCCGUACUAACCCGGUGAAUCUGCGCGACGCUCGCAGUGAUCCUCUAGCAGCUUCUCGAGGCCUUGGGUAGAAACCCAACCAGACACGAGCAGACAGACCUGCUUCACCGCCAGCUCGUCGAGCCCUUUGCGCGACACUCCGCCCACAAGUAUCGGCUCCCUUUACCUUCUACCCUCACCAUCCAGGCUCGCAAUUCCUCAGCAUCAUGUCGAGCCUAGCCAGGGCGACCACGCCCGUCAAGCAAACCGCGCCGGCGGCGGCGACUGAGAGUCCCGGCACCUGGCGCCACCCUCGACUCGACGAAAUCACAAGGCGGCGCGAUGCCACAAACUUUUCCGAAAAGAACGUGCGGCGGAUCGCCUAUAACAUUGUCGCCCUGCUGGCCAUGUGGUCGCUACAGCUGCUGGCCAAGUUCAACGUGGACGCGCAAAUGUUUCCCAAAUCUGUACGACUAUACCUCGGCUGGGCAUGGUUCGUCGCCCAGCUCAUCCCAUUCAUCCAAAUCGGCAUGGCCUGCCUGCCACUCAUCCGACCCAAAGACGAGCUCGCCGACAUCCCGUUGACGGCUACCCAGCGCAAACUGCUGGGCCUCAACCCGUCGGUCACAGCACCUACCCCCGACGUCAACAUCAGCACCCCGCCGCGAUACUCGCGAACUCCGUCCAUCGCAGGCUCGGUGGGAAGCAGGGCCAGCUUCCCCAACUCUCCCUUGGAGGGACGGGGCGACCCCGUGUCCAGCGCUCUUUCUCAGAGCUUCAGCGGCUCCGUCUCCCAGUUCUCCCCCAUAGGGAGCCCUCUGCUCCAGAGCGUUAAUGGCGCGGGCCACAGGAGGUCAUCCUUUGGGGCGCCAGGCUCCUUUGGCAAUUCCUUCAAUGGCUCCUUUGGCGCGAGCACCUCGUCAACCCUCCUCCCCGACCCUGCCUCACCGAGCCCUUCAGCAGGCAAGAGGACAAGCAUCGGGCUCAACAGCAAGUGGCUGUACGAGAAGGGUAGGAGGUCUUCUGGCAGCACUUGGGUCCAUUGAUAUGGAUGGGGGAGAUAGGGCUUGGGGAAGCCAAAACCGGUAUCUUUUCCGAGGAGAUGCCUGCUCCCUAUCCCAAGGCUCGAUUAGGUAUAUCGAGCCAGAGGCAAGGAGUUGGUCCUCUCUCCCUUGGGUUGGCACGUAAAAGGCAGCAGGUGUAUCAAAGCGUGU